GAGAUUUCCUGUGCGCCAUAUUGGAAUGCUCUGGAUUCAACAGUUCGCCGAGAAACGGCUCACGUAGAGGAACUAUCUCGGUUUCUUCAGCCUUUCCCGGGAUUUUUAAACUUCUACUCAGCUUCUCACACAUUCACGUGAGUCUUGUAGCUCUUGUGGGUGCCUGUCUGCCCUUAUGCGAGAGAGUGUUUGGGAGAUUUGUAACGGUAAAGUUAGAUGGAUCCUCGGGUGGCUUGGAUUCAGCCCGAACAGAAAGGACCUGCCAACGCUUUAUGGAUGCGCGUAUGGGAAACCUCGCAAAGGCGAAACCACUGUCACCCGCUGCGGGUGAACACACCUGCGUUGGCGGCCGGUUUCAUGAAGCAGUUAACGCUGGUUCACACCAACACAGUUUUAAAACCUAUUAACAAUUUCACCAAACAGCCUUGCAAUGAUGGUGGUGCCAUGAGAUCUCCAUACGCAUGUUCUGGUCCUGCACCUCUUUAUGUCACCCCUGUCGAGGUCAACGGCUGUGAUUCUUUAUCACCUCAAUCUUCAGCGGAUUCCGAAAGUGACAGUCCGACAUCAGAUUCAUCAUCUACUACUGGUGACGGUAUGAGCUCAAAUCCAGCCAAAAUUCUCUUUAACUUCACUGAACAUAUGCAUAAUGUCAAUAAUUGUUUACAACAACAACAUUAUCAGCGGCUACAGACUCAAAUAAUGAUGGACAACCAGCUUAAACACCAUGCAGAACGAAAGCGACAUGGCAAUAAAGCGAGCACACAUGGAAUGAACCACUUUCUGUCCCACUCUAAUGACAGUUAUUUAAGUGGGACCCCAUGGGCAACCAGAAGAUACAGUCUAGGUAUUAAUGGCCUGCAUGAGGAGAUUGUGGAUUUUUAUCAUUUCAUGUCCCCACGCCCAGAAGAGGAAGCAAUGAGGAGAGAUGUUGUCAAUCGUAUUGAAGCUGUAAUCAAAAAUCUGUGGCCUACAGCAAAGGUUGAAAUAUUUGGCAGCUUCAGUACAGGACUUUAUCUCCCUACCAGUGAUAUUGACCUGGUGGUGUUUGGAAAAUGGGAACAAGCACCCCUGCAGCAGCUGGACCAGGCCCUCAGGCAGAACAACGUUGCUGAGCCCUUCUCAAUCAAACUACUUGACAAGGCUACGGUACCAAUAAUUAAACUGACUGACAGAGAGACAGAUGUGAAGGUAGACAUCAGCUUUAAUGUUGAAACUGGUGUCAAAGCAGCUCGGUUUAUCAAGGAUCAUCUUAAGAAAUACUCAGUGUUGCCAUACCUGAUCUUUGUGCUGAAGCAGUUUCUGCUCCAGAGAGAUCUGAACGAGGUGUUUACGGGUGGUAUCAGUUCCUACAGCCUCAUUUUAAUGGCCAUCAGCUUCUUGCAGCUCCAUCCCAGAAUAGACUGCAGAGCUUCUAAUAUAAAUUUGGGCAUCCUGCUCAUUGAAUUCUUCGAAUUGUAUGGACGGCAUUUUAAUUAUCUGAAAACAGGCAUCCGUGUGAAGGAUGGAGGAGCGUAUCUGGCCAAAGAGGAGAUCAUGAAGGUCAUGGAGAAUACAUACAGACCCUCAAUGCUCUGUAUUGAGGACCCAAACUUACCAGGAAAUGAUGUCGGCCGGAGCUCUUACGGUGCCAUGCAGGUGAAGGAGGUGUUUAACUAUGCAUACCUCAUCUUGAGUCACACUGUAUCUCCACUAUCCCGCUCCUACCCCAACAGAAAUAUGGAAAGCACAUUGGGACGUAUCAUUAAAGUGACCCAGGGAGUAAUUAGCUACAGGGAGUGGAUCAUUCAGCAGUGGGGGAACAGACACAAUGCCAAGAUGAUUGACAUUAAAAUCCAGAAUGUUGUAGACUUGGAGAAGACCUCAAGUGAGAAGCAGCAGAGAGACUCCUCAUCACCACUCAGUGCUGGUUCACCUGUGUCCCUGUCCAGCCUUCAACAGCACUCUUCAUCAUCUUCCUCUGUGUCCUCACUGUCUGGGAGUGACGAUUCUGACACGCCGUGCAAAGCUUCAGUUCUUCAUGAAUUCUUUCCAAUGUCCUGCAUGACUGAUACCAAUCAGAAACCACAGAUAAAAGCAAACUCAUCUGGAACUUUUCUGCACUCUGGAUGUCAAUCACACCCAUUACCCAGCAAACAGUGUAUGGAUGGUUUGACUCAUAUGAAUGGAGUACUCCAUUUGUCUCCUGUUUACUCCAGCUCAAUACCCAGCCAGAGUCACUACACUAAUAAUGGCCAGAGGUUCAAGGGGCCUCCACACACUAAUUGUUUAGAGCGUAACAUCGUGCAUGUUCCCAGAGGACAUCAUCCUCAGUAUGGCCGUAACAGCUGGCGUCGGCGUCGAAGGGACACUGUUCCCAUGAGCCUCAGCAGAUAGUGCCAACCACUUGUCUACCACUUCCACUUCUGCCCAAGACAAAGAAUGUGGGCCACAUACCUUUGUUUUUCUAGGUCAAAGGUAACACUUCUGUUUAAGAUGGGCACCGUCUGAAAUUGCACUUUGAUUUGUUUUGUCUAGUGCUCUUCCUGUGACUACACAUUUAAAUGUUCCUGUUUUCAUUUGUACAUAUUCCUACUUACUUUUUGUUUUCUUCGUAUGACAGUGUCUAAUACCUUUUUUUGUUUACUGAUACUUUUAGUUAAUUUCUCAUUUAUUGUUUUUCAGAAUAUUUUUGAUAACAGAAAUCUUGUUGCGGUACCGCUAGGCUGUGAUUGCUUUUGUACUGUAAAUCUUUACGUAAUAUACUAUCUUUGUGCAAUAUUUUUAUUUUAUUUUAGUUCAAUUUUAAUUUUCUUAAAUUG